AUGGGCAGAAGAAAAUCUCACGGAUCGUCUAAAAGUAAACAACACGUUACACACCAAAGGCAAUUAUCAUUAGCGAAAAGAAACGAGAUAAAUGCCUUGUGCGAAAAACUAUUCGUUUGUGACAUUAAUUCAGCAUACGUAACGCAACUAUGGGACAAUUACGUGGAGAUAUCAACGAUUUUGGAGAAGGUUAAACGGUUGGAGGAAAUGAAGACGGAGUCGCCAAAACGGUCCCAGGGGAUUGGACAAUUCAUAAACUGGCUGAAAGAGAAUGGCGCGAAUUUAGACGGAGCGAGUGUUGCCGAAUUUCCAGGAUACGACCUAGGCUUGAAAGCGGAACGUAAUUUUCAAGAGAAUGAGUUGAUCUUAAGGAUACCCAGGGGACUUAUUUUCAGUACUCAUAAUGCGGCUCCGGAGUUGAUCGCCAUUCUAAAUGAUCCGUUGAUACAACAUAUGCCGCAAGUGGCACUUGCAAUUGCCCUCCUCAUUGAGAGAUACAAAGAAAAUUCGAAAUGGAAACCUUAUUUGGAUAUCCUUCCCACCACCUACACGACUGUACUAUACAUGACCGCUGCUGAUAUGAUUGAGCUUAAAGGCAGCCCUACAUUAGAAGCCGCUUUGAAACAAUGCCGAAAUAUUGCAAGACAGUAUUCCUAUUUUAAUAAGGUAUUUCAAAACAACAAUAAUGCUGUAUCUGCUAUACUCAGGGAUGUUUUUACUUAUGAAAGAUACUGGUGAGUAAUAAAAUAUAAUGAUCAUAAUAUUUUCGUAUUUUAUAUAAAAGAAAAUUUAUUUCGCUUAUCAGUUAUUUGUAUAAAUAAAUAUGUAUGUAUAAGUUUAAAGGAUGAGUUUAUAA